GGAAUUACGAGCGGUGCGCUCUGUGUGGCAAGAGCCAGGACAACAAACUUGUGCGUUAUUUUAAACCUCCUAAUUGUCAAGUGAAGCGACAACGGUGGGAAAAUAGCUGCGGUGUUCCAUUAGGAGGCUCUUCGCGUGUGUGCGAACACCAUUUUAGUGCCAGUGACUUUAUUUGUUGCCCAUCAUAGUGGAGUAUUUCCAAGCGGACGCGUUUGUUCCCAGGUGCAGUACCUCUACCAUACAAUUCCUCACUGUUUGAGUCAUCUGAAGUGUCGGCCGUUCCUGAGGUGUCUGUGGGGACGAAGUUAGCUGUUGAUGCACAGACCUAAACUGAACUCACCAUCGGAACUCGAAUGAAAAACGCAUGUCACAACCGCACGAAAGCGCUCCCCAGUCCGGAAAUUUCUUCCACCAUAAUGGUUUGCAACACUCGGCUUCGCGUUCUACAUUGCGACAUUCAAUAUCUACUGCAUCCUCGAAUUCCACACCUGCUUCUCCACAAAUAAGUUGUAUUGGCUCGACAGGUACAGGAAACUUAGUGAGAGUUGCAAAUAAAUUGCUGUUAAAUGGCCAGCAUUAUCAGUCGCAAUCAUCGGUCUUAUCACAGACGUCCCAGUCGUCGAUACCUUCCUCACAAUGCUUGCUGGAGGAAGCGCUUGCGAAGACAGCCCCUUAUCCUAUGAUUAUUUUGCCACUAAACGGUGGCUAUUGGGUAGACGGUACGGAUCAUGAGUGCUCAUUUGAUGCUCGUGGAAACCCAAUGUUGCCAGAAACCACCUGGAUGGCAAAAUUCGAGACAGACGACACGGCGAAGUGUUAUCGACGAUUUUAUGCGGCGCGCGAACAUGCAAACCUUGUGGGUCACGACGAGCAGCUUGGGCCAAUUUUGAUAUCCGUAAAGACCGAAAAUGUAGCAAACCAAGAGCAUGCACGCAUCCUCAUACGCUUGCGCACUAGUACAAUGCAUGAACUCAUACCAAUGUCAUGUUUGGGACCAAAUCCGACAACAGCAAAGAUAGUGCGAUUUCUGAACGACCAAAUCACAGUGGAAAAUUAUGUGCCGAUAUUGUGUUCAAAGGCAUCUCAUUUGAUUAGCGCCUAUGAUGAACAUGUGCUCGUAACGAAUUUUAAAUUCGGAGUGCUCUACCAAAGAUAUGGACAAACCACAGAAGAGGAACUAUUUAGCAACAACAACUCAUCACCAGCUUUUGAGGAGUUCCUAGAUAUCUUGGGCCAGCGUAUUAAAUUGAAAGACCACAAAGGAUAUCGCGGUGGUCUGGAUAUACAGAAUGGACAUACAGGCGAUACAGGUAUCUACGAGGUUUUUAAGGAACGAGAGAUCAUGUUUCACGUAUCGACAAUGCUGCCUUACACCGAAGGGGACCCUCAGCAGCUGCAACGCAAACGACACAUUGGCAAUGAUAUCGUCGCGAUCGUAUUCCAGGAGUCGAAUACGCCAUUUUCUCCCGAUAUGAUAGCAAGUCAUUUCCUGCAUGCUUUUAUCGUAGUACAACCGCUCGAACCAAACACACCGAAUACGCGGUACAAGGUCAGCGUUACAGCUCGCUGCGAUGUACCGUUAUUUGGGCCAACUCUUCCUAAUCCAGCAAUUUUUCGUAAAGGCCAGGAUUUUAAAGAGUUCAUUUUGACUAAGCUUAUCAACGCGGAGAACGCCUGUUAUAAGGCAGAGAAAUUUGCGAAAUUGGAGCUGCGCACACGCACUUCGCUCUUGCAAAACCUGGUUGAGGAAUUGAAAGAGAAAACUCGUGACUUUCUAGGGACGGAUUUCACGAACGGAGUGACUAUCAGUCCAACACCGGAAACACCAAAGUCAGAGAAUAGUACAGCAGGAUCAAGGUUAUUUGACACUGUAAAGAAGGCGCUCAUCUCGCGUGUGCGUUCACAGAGUGUUGAUACGGGCAACAUGGCACUAUUUAGUGUCUCGACGAAGAUGAACUCGUCCGCUUUAUCGACGAAUUCGAAAAAGGAUAACAGCUUAACGGAGACACAAAAUUUGAAUAUAUGCAGUCUCACUGCUUCAAAAUCUACCUCGAAAUCAAAAUCGUCGAACAAUUCCACCUCUUCUUCACCUGAUAUAACUUUCCGGGGGCCCCUGAACAGCAACAAUGCAAAUAAUAACAAUAAUUCAAAUCCGGUUGGAUAUGUUUUAGCUAACGAUGCACAGAACGAAAACCACUCUGCUGUACCAGUCAAUGCGGUUGCGGGGACUGUAACAAUGUCGGAGACCAGCGAUGACUCCAGCUUGAAUAGCGUGGAUCUAGACCCUAUGAUAGGCCAAAUAGAAGGCGGCGCAGUUUACAUCGAUAGCGACACAGGACUGGAAUCAAUGUCCUCAGCGGAAGCGAUGUCGUCGAAUAAGGCAGCAUGUUCGCUGUAUCUAGAUGGCUCCCAAGUUGUUAUGGGCUCUCCGCCAAGGAACGAAACCAUUGUCAUGAUUGAGAAUUUGCGGCAAGAAGUUACAAGACUCAAAUGCGACAAACUAGACUUGCUCAGGCAGAAUGUGACGUGUCAGCGUGACAUAAAACGUCUGCGCGAGCGUGAACUUUCACUCCAGGGUGAUUUGGCCGCCGCCGGGAAGGAAAUUUUACGAUUACGCGACCUGAUGAAGGAAUAUAUGCCUGAUCCGGUAAAGGCGACUUUAUCCAUCUCACCAAUCUAAAUUGGUGUGGCCUCCAGAUUAUUGUUAUUGAACGCAUACAUUUGGCUAACAAAUACAGAUUAAUACGGUGCAAGCAAACAUAAUAGCAGGGGGAUACUUUGUGCCGCGUCAAACACUCGUGUUAGCUUGGCUUUUAAAAAACCGAACUGUACAAGAAACAAAAAAAUAUAUAAGAAAAUGGGAAAUGAAAUGGUAAAAUAAUUGGCUGUACGAGAAAGGCGAAUUGAAUUAAUUCCACACAAACACAAAUAUUUACACCAAAAAUUUGUUAUAAGACUAUUAAAAAACAAAUAUUUAAACAAAGGAAAAUCCGAAAAAAUAUACUAUAUGGACAUACAUACAUACAUGUGUCGAAAAUGAAACGAAAAGAAACUGUUGUGGUGAACAUUGUUUGGUGGUAAAAACAGAACAGUUGCUAAAUAAAAUUGGUAGUUUUAGGGAAA